AUGACAGACGGCCAGAGCCUCGAACCAAUUUCAUCACCAGCGCAGCCACAAUCAGUGAACAUUCCAAAGCGCAAGCCCCUCCCCACAAACGAUGGCCCCGUUGUCGAAUCCACAGCGACCACUACGGUCGUGGACGAUCAGAGCCAUGAACGACUACAGAAUAUAGCUUCGGACCCCGAGAAAGAUGUCGCAAGUGGCACAUGGGAGUCGCGAACGGUCAAUAAUGGCGCUCGAAGGCGAUUUGCAUUGCCUGCCCUGUCGCUCGCUCUUUUUGACAAGGUCCGUCUUGGUCCGUUGGACAAGUACCUGCCGUACGAGCAACGGAAGCGCCGCUAUGCGAUUGCUGGAAUAUUUGCUGGAUUGAUAAUUGCUGUAUUGGCACUUGUUAUCGGUCUUGCGGUUGGAUUAACGACGGGUAAAAAAACCCAAAAUCUCCCUCUUCCAACCUCAAAUGGAGGACCAUAUAGUGGUGAUCUCACUUACUAUGAGCCUGGUCUGGGAGCAUGUGGUAUCACUUCCUCUUCAUCAGACAGCAUUUGCGCUGUAUCUCAUUUAGUCUUCGACGCCGCACAAAAAGGGUCAAAUCCCAAUGCAAACCCACUAUGCGGGUUGAAGAUACGACUGCGCAGAAAUGAUGAAAGUGUUGAUGUGACGGUAGUCGACCGUUGUGUUGGGUGCAAAGCGACGGAUAUCGAUACCACAACCUCUGUAUUCGGAACGUUGGCGGAGAUUGACCAAGGCCGAGUGACAGUUGAUUGGGCUUGGUUGGAGACUUCGCCCGUCAAUGUCAGCGCUGUUUCUUGA